AAUAAUAUAAUCGUAUAAGCGCGCAAAAGCCGUACGUGCAUCAGUAAAAGUUUAUAACGUCGCACAUUCUUUUUCACGGCUCAUUGAGUGCACAAAUUGCUGCACACGCUUGAGCGUGUAGUAUGCCAUAUUAUUCGCAACCGCGAUUUCGCGGAUAUAUCAGUUUAUGAAUUUUGCAUGAAGAUUUAUAAUGGAUACUCAAAAAAAUGACGCUAGCUUAAAUUUAGGCCUGACUGCAUUUUGGUGGUGAUAAUCAAAUUUUAAAAAUGUGAUGAUAAAAAAGAUUUGUGAUCUCAAGUAACAUGAUAUAAGCCUCCUGAAAUAUGGAGGACUAUACGCCAGUGGAUGAAGACUUCCCAGGUCGUCUUCUGCAUCAAGCAGCUUUAUGGGAUAACGCAGAACUAUUGGAAGAUCUGCUGCGAGGAGAACAUGCAGCUUAUAUCGAUAGCCAAGAUUCGUGGGGUCGCACAGCACUACAUGCGGCUGCGAUCACAGAAAAUUCACGAUGUCUGGAAGUUCUUCUGCAGGCUGGUGCUAAUGCUUCCUUACCCUGUGGACCAAGAGGCCAGUAUCGCCUACCUCUGCAUAUCUGUGCCGAGCAUGGACAUGCAAAAAAUAUUGAAAAACUACUAGAAUAUAGUUCUAAUUUACUAGUCACUGAUAGUAAUGGUUUGACAGCUGUAAAAAUCUGUGAAUUAAAUGAAAAUGUCAAGUGCUGUCAAAUCCUCAAAUUUGCUGCUGAAAGGUACGAACAAAUGCGUAUGGAUACCCAUGCAGCCUUACGAAUAGCGUGUAUGCAAGCAGACUGUGGUGCAGCUAGGGCAAUUAUUCAAGGCCAGACUCUACCCGAUCUAGAAUACAUUCUUAACAUGGCACCCAACGGUGCUAACACUCUUUUGUUCAUAGCCAGUGAAACUGGUCAACGUGAUAUGGUGAAAUUGUUAUUAGAUAACGGUGCAAAUUGUACGAUACAUCCUGUCACCAGAUAUUGUCCGCUGUACAUAGCGUGUUACAAUGGUAAAUUGGAUAUCGUUGAGAUGCUACUCAGACAGUUUCCUAAACAAGUGCAAUCUCUGACCGUUGAGAGGUGGUUACCCAUUCACGCAGCCGCUAUAAAUGGGCAUUACGCAGUUAUGGAGCUUUUGUUAAAAUUUGAAUAUCCACCCAAUAUGUAUCAAAGGUACAAAGAUCCUAGUGGCGAGAUCGAGUACGAGAUGCCGUUCGACAUCAAUACUCAGGACGUCACGGAGCAAAACAUCCUCUACAUAUCCAGCGCUCUGGGUAAUAUAAAAAUCAUCGAGCUGCUGCUGAGCUACAAGGUGAAGACGCGCAACGUCAACGAGGAUUCGCAGCAGCAGCAGCAACAACUGCCGGCGUCGAAGCGACGCAUAUCCAGCGGCAUACAGAGGCUCAUGUCGACGCUCAACUUCAUGGGCCGAGCCGAGAAGAAGGAGGAAAAUUUACUCUGCCCGCUGCAUUUAGACAUGUACUGCAACAAUAACGCGGAAACUGCCCUGCACGCCGCGGUCAAAGCCAGGCACACCGACGUCGUGGCGGCCCUGCUGCAAGCCGGGGCAAAUCCCAAUUUACCGAUCCGUCCGGCCGACUCGGCAGAGAGCUCGGCGACACCAACGGCUACGACGACAACGACGACGACGACGACGCCGGACAGUAGCAGCGGAACCAGCAACAGCAACUGCGCGCCACACUCGACGACGGCUCUGGCGAUAGCCUGCGAGAAUCGCGACGUCAAGAUAGCCGAGCUGCUGCUGCGUCACGGCGCCCAGGACGCGGACUGCUCGGCCCUGCGGAUCGCCGUGCGCAACGGCGACGAGCAGCUCACCGCCAAGCUGCUGGCCACCAAGGCCCACCCGGACGCCGAGUACAAGAUCAACAAGAAGGCGGCCCAGGAGUCGCAGACCUCGAACUUUGCGGCGCUGUCGAGCUUCGGCGCCGCGACGACGUACGCCACCCUAUUGCCCGCAACCCCGACCAUGAUCAACUGGCACGAUCAGGGCUGCCGACUGUCGCAGAUCAGGACCCAGUGGCUGAUGGACGCUGUGCUGCACGUCAACAAGAAGCUCAGCGCCGCCAAGAGCGGCGAAGCUGCCCUGCUGGCCAUCACGAGGAUCGACAUAUCGCAGAACUCCAUCACCAGUGUGCCCGACGCCGUGUUCUUCCUGCCGAGUCUGCGCACCCUGAAUCUCGCCCAGAACAAGAUCGAGGUGCUGAAAGCCGAGCCGAGGAACGCCAAGGACAAGCUCUGCCCAGUGCUCGAGGAGAUCUAUCUGCAGGAUAAUCGUCUGGAGCAGCUGCCCGACUUUCUCAUGCGAAUGCCCGCACUGGAGAUCAUGGACGUGUCGAACAACAAGCUGCAGUGCCUGCCCGACAAUCUAUGGCGCGCUCCGAAGCUGAAGGAGCUCAACGCGAGCUUCAAUCUGCUGCGCGAUCUGCCCAGCCAGAUCUAUCAGAACGCCACGGCGGGCGGACGCGGCAAGGGCGCUUACUAUCAGAAUCAGUACCAUCAGCACGACGCGACGACGAUGACGAGCUCGCCGAGCAAUCGAAGCCUCACAAAGGAGCAGCAGCUGCCCAUACAGCCGCCGAUUUUGUACAAGAGCGAGAGCAUGGAGUUCGAUUCCUAUUUUUCAAAGAUCGCCAACGCCCGCGACGUCGAGAUGGAGCGUCCCUUCGUCUGGAACAAGUCGGUGCAGGUGCUGGAGAAGGUGCAGGACGAGCAGGAGCAGCAGGCCAGCAGCAGGUCUCAGCUGGCCUCGCUCAAUCUCGCGCACAAUCUGUUCACCCAGGUGCCGGUCGCGCUGCCCUGUCUCGCCGUCAGCCUGGUGCGCCUCAAUAUGGCCUACAACUCGCUGCGAUCGAUGAGCCACAUCACCUCGUAUCCGGCCAGCUUGAAGCAGCUCGAUCUGUCCAACAAUCAGAUAAGCUGCUGGCCGUCGCUGCCGCAGAUCGUCGACGGCCUCGACGACAUGGAGCGCGCCAACACGGCUUGCUACUCGCCACCCGCACCGGCGGCAACGAGCAACAGCAGCAGCAGCAGCAAUCCCAAUAGCGUCAACAACAGCGGUGGCAUCGGGGCUGGUCCUCAUUCACCGACUACCGCCGCGGCGGCAUCGGCCGUCAAUCGGCCGAGCACCAGCUCGUCGCUCAGGGAUAUAGUGCUAAUGUCCGUUUGCACGCACAGACGUCACCUCAGGCUCGAAAAUCUACGAACUUUGGUAUUGGCCAAUAACGCGCUGGCCCGAAUACAGCUGACGUCGCUCGACGACGGCGAAACGCCCUGCCCGAUCGACGACGAGUCUGACAAGGACUCGCGAUCCAGCCACUCGUCCAAGAUGUACCUGCUCUUUCCCAACGUCAGCAUGCUCGAUGUCAGCAACAAUCAACUCAAGGAGAUACCGGCCAACAUCUACGAGCUUAAUAAUCUAUCGGUGCUGAACGUGAGCGGCAAUCCGGACAUCGUCGAGCUGCCCGCCCAGAUGGGCCUGCUGUCGCGCCUCUGGAACCUCAACACGCAGGGCUGCCGUCUGCAGGAGCCGCUCAAGUCCAUGAUCGAGUCGAAGAAGUACAAGACCAUGGACGUGAUCGGCUAUCUCAAGUCCGUGCUCGAGGACGCCAAGCCGUACGCGCGCAUGAAGCUCAUGAUCGUGGGAAUCCAGGGUAUCGGCAAGACCAGUCUGCUGGAGCAGCUGCGCCAGGAGGGCGACGUGCCGUCGUCGGCGAGGAAACGCGGCGGUAGCUCCGGGUCGGGCCACGAUCACUGGGCCAAACGCAUGGGCAACAAGAACAUCAAUUCCAAGACGGCCCGAGGCACGACGAUCUCCACAGUGGGCGUGGACAUCGGCGACUGGCAGUACGAGAAGAAGGUGCGCGGCCACUCGGCCCACGGGCCCGUGUACUUUCGCACCUGGGAUUUCGGUGGUCAGCACGAGUACUACGUCACCCAUCAGUAUUUCCUGUCCAAACGCAGCCUCUAUCUCGUGCUCUGGCGCAUCUGCGACGGCUUCAAGGGCGUCAACGAGAUAUUCCAGUGGCUGGUCAACAUACAGAGUCGAGCGCCCAACUCCCCGGUGAUCAUAGUGGGCACGCACUACGAUCUGGGCUACGAGCAGAGCGAGGCGCUGCAGCAGUACAUACGCGACAAGUUCAUCAACGUCGUGGACGCGGAGAAGUGCGGCCUGCCGCGCGUCAUGGAGACCAUCGAGAUCAGCUGCAAGACCCGACACAACAUCAAGAUGCUCUGCAAUCUCAUCUACGACGUGGUGUUCAGUCUGCGUUCGCCCGGCUCGAAGGAGCUGCUGCUCGAGCAACGAGUGCCGGCGAGCUAUCUGGCCCUGGAGGACGUGGUGCUGCAGCUGGCUCAGGAGAGGAGAGCCCGGGGCGCCGAUCCGGUGCUGCGAGCCGAGCAGUACUACGCCGCGGUGGGCCAAGAGUUGGCUCGGAUGCAGCGCUCGUUUCGCGACCCCGCGGAGUUGCACCAGGCCACGCUGUUCCUGCACGAGAACGGCGUGAUACUGCACUACGACGACGCCACGCUCAAGGACCUGUAUUUCCUCGAUCCCCAGUGGCUGUGCGACAUGCUGGCCCACGUCGUCACCAUACGCGAGAUCAAUCCGUUCGCCCGUUCGGGGGUGAUGAAGCUCGACGACAUACAGCACGUGUUCAAGUCGUCGACGGUGGCGAGCUCCGACACGCACGGCUACAUCGUCAGUCUGCUGAACAAGUUCGAGGUGGCGCUGACCUGGGACUACAGGACGCUGCUGAUACCGUCGCUGCUGCCCACGGAGGAGGAGCUGCUGCGCAGCAACGUGAGCAUCAGGAUACCGGUCAAGUCUCGGGGCUGGCACAUGCGCUCCAAGAUGAUGAGCCAGAACAGCCAGAACUCGCCCAUGAUCAGUUACAAUAAUCAGUCGAACGGCGGUGGCGAGAGCGUGCUGACCUCGAGGCCCCAGGCGGACUGCUCGAUCACUCGGCUCCUCCUGAUGUCGUACUUCCCGAGCGGCUUCUGGUCGCGCCUGAUGACGCGCAUCCUCGCCGACGACACGAUCGUCGAGAUCGUCAUGACGUUCCUGGCGCCGUUCAAGGACUUUGUCGACGACAAGCUCUAUGCCUCGCUCAUCGAGCAGCCCGCCGAGUGGUCGCUCUGGCAGACGGGCAUCGAGCUGCGCUACGCCGGCAUCAGUCUGCUCCGACUCAAGGAGGUCAACUAUCAGCUGCGCAAUCGUCCGCACGACUACAGGCAGCACAGGUUCAAGCUCAAGCAGGACGGCGUCUGGUGCAAUCUCGACAUGGCCGGCUCGGCCAUACUCGAGAUCUACUUUCCGUGCGACACGCUAGUGAUCAAGCAGCCGAUACCGCGGCAAGAAGGAGACGAAGAGGACGACGACGACGAGCCCAUCGGUUAUCAGGCGAUUGUGGUAGAACCCCAACCCGAGAGCAUACCACAGCUGCUGGCGCUGAUCGUCGAUCACAUCGACAUACUGCUGGAGGACUGGUAUCCGACCCUCGGCACGAGGUUCGUGCACACGUCCGAGGGCAAGCUGCUGGUCACGCGGAUGGUGCCCUGUCCGCGCUGCCUCAUCGACAACACGGAGCUGCUCGAGAUCGAGCAGCAGCAGCAGCAGAACUAUCAGCAGCACCAGCAUCAUCAGUGCGACAGCGGCGCCAGCUGCUGCAACGAUCAGUCGUCCGAGCAAUCGAGCGAGGCCGAUCUCGACCGGCCGAGCAGGUACUACGCGCAGCAGAGCCGCGAGCGCCAGAGCCAGGACAGCUACAAGUCGGACGCGGGCGACAGCGGAGUGGGCCACGACAGCUCGGCCUCCAGUCGCAUGCCCUCGCUCGAGGGCCACCCCGAGCUCCAUCGAGCCUAUCCCCAGCCGGCGCAGAGUCCGCGGCCGCCUCAGCGCGAGCCCAGCCUCGUCUACUCCUGGAUGGUCGAGGAGUGCAUCCUGGCGGCGUACAGCGGCAAGCCGAUCGCGUGUCCGCGUCACUCGGACGUGCCACUGUCGCUGGUGGCGCCCGACAUCGUGUUCAUGGAUCUGGGCGCGCGCCACCUCAUCCGGUCGGACGACGUCAAGCGUGGCAAGAUGCUCGGCCGCGGCGCCUUCGGCUUCGUGUUCAAGGGCACCUGUCGACUGCCCGGCCGACUGCAGCGAGUCGACGUGGCCAUGAAGAUGCUGCAGCCCGUGCCGCCGGGCCCGAACUCCCGCCAAUCGGCCGUGCUCGCCUACAAAGCGGCCCAGAGCAAGUGGGACCGCGACCCGCUGCAGUACGCCUGCAAGGCCUACUGCACGGCCCGCCAGGAGCUCAACAUACUGCUGACCCUCAAGCAUCCGAACAUCGUGCCGUUGAUCGGCAUAGUCAUCAGUCCGCUGGCCCUGGUGCUCGAUCUGGCGCCCGAGGGUGCCCUCAACAACGUCCUCAAGAACUAUCGACGCUCGGGCGCCAAGCUCGAUCCGUUCACGCUGCAGGCCAUCAUUCUGCAGGUGGCCAAGGCCAUCGAGUAUCUGCACCAGCAGCACGUCAUCUAUCGCGACCUCAAGUCGGAGAACGUGCUCGUCUGGCAGAUGCCGGCCCCGUUCCAGGAGUCCGUCUACGACUAUCAGCAUCAGCAGCAUCGGCCCGUCCACGUGAAGGUCGCCGACUACGGCAUCUCGCGGCUCUCGCUGCCGUCCGGGGCCAAGGGCUUCGGCGGCACCGAGGGCUUCAUGGCGCCCGAGAUCAUACGCUACAACGGCGAGGAGGAGUACACGGAGAAGGUGGACUCGUUCAGCUUCGGCAUGUUCGUGUACGAGCUCGUGACGCUGCGCCAGCCGUUCGAGGGACACGAGGCCGUGAAGGAGUGCAUCCUGGAGGGCGGCCGACCGCCGCUCACCUACAGCGACACCCAGCACCCGUGCUACGCCCUCGACCUGAUGGUCAUCUGCUGGGCGCAGAACCCCAAGGAUCGGCCCACGGCCAGUCAGAUAGUGUCGAUCGCCUCGGCGCCCGAGUUCACGCACCUGGUGGACGCCACGCUGCUGACGGAGCGCACCCACGUGACCGCGAUCACGAGGAUGUGCCGCCAGCUGGACGACUCGAGCAGCGCCAACGAGAUCUGGCUCGGGCACAACAACGGCGAGGUCGACAUGCUCCUCGGCACGGACCGGCUGUGGCUGCAGCACGUGCGCAUGAACACGCCCGUCGUGCCGUACGCCAUGUGCUGCGUCGACGGCUACAUCUGGAUCGGCGACAAUUCCGGCCAGCUGCACAUCUAUCUGAGCACCAACUUCGGCUGCGUCGGCAAUUUUCGCCUCGAGACCGACGUUAACAAGGAAUCGAAAAUCGUCGCGCUGGUCUACCUGGAGCAGCUGAAGCACUUCGCGGUGGCGCUGCACAGCGGCAAGGUGCUGCUCGUGGCCAACAGCUUCACGCAGACGCGCAAAAUCGACCUGGUCGACUCGUCGGGCAGCAACGUCAAGACGUACUCGCUGGCCGUGGUGCCGAGGCGCCGACGCGUCCUCGAGCUCUGGGCCGGCCGCAGCUUCGGCCAAAUAUCCGUCUACACGCUCAAGGACAGUACUCUCAUCGACACGACGGAGUUGGCGCACGUGAGCGGCGAGACGGCCAGCAAAAAUCUCUUCGCCACGUACUUGACGAGCGCCGAGAACUCGGUACUGAGCUACACCUAUCCGGGCUGCAUCGUCUAUCAGUGGGACCUCGAGAGCAAGCAGAUCGUCAACAAGCUCGACAUGUCCAAGCUCGUGCCCUGCUCCGAGAGCCUCAAGUCCAUCUCGAUCGAGGAGAAUCUCACGUCGGAGAAGUGCCAGGUGACGGCGCUCGAGUCCUACGCCAAUCUGCUCUACAUCGGCACCACCUGGGGCUGCAUCGUCGUGGCCGAGUGCGACUCCCUGAGGCCCAUCACCGUGUUCAGGCCGUUCGAGGGCAAGGUUUCACAGAUAUUGUCGUUUAAAUCGGCCGAUCGCAAGAAGCUCAUCAUGACCACAGUCGGCCAGGGCUACAGAAGCUUGAUCUCCCGCUACACGGAUUAUCCGAUCGACAGCUUGGAGGCCGAGGACAUGACCCACAACAUGUACGCGCUUCUGUGGCGAUCGGAGAACUGGUCGGCCGCGUAGAUUUCACCCGCAAUUAUAAAUAAAACACAUAAUGCCUCGCGCGCAAUUGUGCAUCGAACUGCAGCGAUUCCCUCCUCCUCGCGAUCGGCGUUUUUAUCCUUUUUGUACAUAAUAAUAAUCUGCUGUGCGUCCGUAAGAUCACAAACUCACGCUUAUUCAUGGUUGUACGGUUACUGUAACUAUAUGAGAAAUUUAAAAAAAAAAAAACGAGAAUUGUACAUAGAUCAAAGGGAAACUAGCACUAGUUUUGCAGAUAUUACUACUCGACUUUCGAACGAAUCGAUUCGUUUUCACCUAAUAGAUAAUGAAAGUAUCGAAACGCUAUUAGAUAUUGAGAUUUUAGACGUACGCGAUGAGAGUACAGGUUAUUCUCGUUUUUGCAUUCUAAUACACACACACGGCACGACGCGCGGUCGCCAGAGAAGAAGAAGAAAAUAGUUUUUAACGAUAGAGUAUAUUAGGUAUCGAGUGGAAGUAUUUUUUUAGACGCUUCGGAUUACAUUCCUCUCUCUACGUAAACGGAGUAUAAUAUCCGAAGUAUGGAUUGCGCGCGCGCAGUUUUUUUCCUAAAUGCGCCACAUUUCUCCGUCUUUCUCUCUAUUUCUCUUUCUCCGUCUCGAUCUCGAGUAAAAUAUUUUUAUUAAGCUUCAACGCGUAAAGUUUGUACGAUGUAUAAUAGAAAAACCUGCAAAAAGGAAUUGGUGAUAUUGUAAUGUAAUACUCGUUGAAAAUAAUCAUUGUGUAACUCAAUAAUAAUCAGUUUUAUUAAAUCA